AUGAGCGGCGCUGCAAACCCCAACCCGCCCGCCGGGCAGCCUUCUCAGGGCCAAACCAAUCCCCAGUACUACCCUCCGCCACCCUCGGGCCCUCCUCCGAACCAGCAGGCUGGCCAGCACCUGAACCAGCCGCAUGGGCAAUAUCCCCCGCAGCAUCCCAACGAGACGCCAAUCCCCGACUACAACAUCCCUCACUACGACCCUGCCCAUCAACAAUUCCCGCCCCCGCCCAUGGCGGAGGGCAUCUACGACCACGGCCCGGUCCCGCCGCAGGGCGCGGCUCAGCAACACGCGGCGGCCGGACAAGCACAACAACCUGGCGGAGCAGAGCAGCAUGCAGGCGGCAAGUCUAGCAGGUGGAGCGAUCGCCUCUCUGGCUGGGGAGUCAAGGCCGCGGCGCCACUAAACAUGCUGGCCAACAAGAUGGGGUCUGAGAGCUUCCUGCCCACGACCAUGGACAAGGAAUGCGAGAAGGCCGCGAGGAUCCUGAAGAGCUUCUGCAAGGACGGUGUUUAUACCGACGGUCAAGCUGCCCCCGGAACUGCUCCUCCCGAACCUGCACCCCAGACCGCACCCGAGAAGCAUGGUAAACACGACAAGAAGGACCACGGAAAAGAGAAGGACAAGGCCAAGUCUCGAACUCUCCUCACUAUCCCGUCGAAGGUCAUUUCCCGUGCUGUCGGUCUGGCCAUCUUCACAACGGGCCGCGUAGGCUUCCACGUGUCCGGCGCCACUGGCUCCGGUGUGCUCAUUGCACGGCUGCCCGACGGCAGCUGGUCUCCUCCGUCCGGCAUCCAGGUCCACUCUGUUGGAGCCGGCUUCGUCAUCGGCGCCGAUAUUUACGACUGUGUCGUCGUCAUCAACACCAAGGAGGCGCUCGAGGCCUUCACGCGCACCAGAAUGUCGCUCGGUUCCGAUCUGGCCGUCGUGGCUGGACCUUGGGGAGCUGGCGGAAGUCUCGACUUUGCUGCCCCUGCUUCCGAUCGGGCCCGCAGUAAGGAGAGGGACAACGCUGCGAAGACGGAGACGACCGGACAGCACCCCGCCGGAUACCCAUCCGACAAACCCGCAGAGGGCCAAGCGUUCGGUGGCGGACCGGCAGCUCCCGGCCAGCCGCAAGUCACGACGGGCGUCAACACCACUACGGCACCGGCGCAAUCAUCGCCCGCGGAUCUGAAACCAGGCACCAGCAAGGACCGCAAGCCCUCCCCCUUCCGCCAGGCCCUCUCCAAGCCGGUGUACUCGUACGUCAAGUCGCGCGGUUUCUACGCCGGCGUCCAGAUCGACGGCACCGUCGUCACGGAGCGCAAGGACGCCAACGCGGCUUUCUACGGCAGCCAGGUCCCUGUGGAGCAGAUCAUCAAGGGCGAAGUCCCGGCCGGCAACUGGCAUCACUUGGCCAAGGGCCUGUUUGAUGUCGUGAGGGGCGCUGAAGGCCCCAGGAGCCCGACGACUGCCGCUCCGGCCACCGGCGCACCGGGUACCGUGCCGACUGCUGCUCCUGCUGCCGGCAGCUUCGCGCCUACGGCUGGCACUGGGUACUACAGCGGCACGGCAGGUGGCCCGCCCCCGCCCGUGGACGCGACGACUGCGUCGAUGCAACACAUGAAUCUUGGCGGAAGCGCGCCUCCUGCUGCUGCUUCUGCCACUCAGGGCCAGGAGUAUUACCCUCCUCCGCCUCCCAUGACGAAGGAGCAGGAGGCCGCAGCAGAGAGCUCACACGCGCGUGCUGCUCAGGGAGGACCUCCGCCGCCUGGCUACACUGAGCUGAGCCACUCCGCGGAGCAGCCCCCGGGAUAUGUCAAUGAUGGUCAGGUUCGCCCUGGCGUCGGCGAUCAGAAGAUGCCCCCGCCGCCUCCUGCCCAGUGA